CACAAGUCGAAAUCAAAAUGAAGGCAGAGGCUUUACUCGUUCUUCUCACAGUUUUUCCCGCCACGAUUCUAGGAGGCUGCGCAAAUGUCACUUCCUGCAGCUCAGACUUUUCAACGGAAGGCAGAGUGGACUGCCAGAAACUUGCCGAUUACAUCAGCUGUCUGAAGACUUCGGGGUGCGAUGAGGUCGCACAAAACAUCACCAGUCUCAGCCAGACUCGCGUCAGAGAAUGCGGCACAGAGAUACAGCACACUGAGACUUCAGUGUCCUACCUCUUCUACAGAGGCUCUCUUAGUGAUGCCUCGGUAAAAAGCCACCAAAGUUGUUCCGCCUUAAAGCAGUGCACCAGCGACAGUAGCAGUGCAGAUUUGAGAGCCAAGCCUUGUACAACCUACAAGCCUGUGACGUCUUGCUGGAAGAGAGCCCAGACGAACUGCAGCCUGACAAGUCAACUGGUGUUCGCGAUGACCCAGGUGGAGGUCAUCCUCGACAUCCUGUGCAGUGAUCCACUCGUUCAGUUCUUUGCCAACGCCUUUACAAGCAAUGCACCUCAAUCUAAAGCCUGCAGUAAUCUCGGUGCAUGUGUCUUUAAGAAGAUUCCCUCCAAGGAUGGGCAGUUUGACGUGAAGUUUCUACAAAACGCGCUGCGGUCGGACAAGCCAGCGUUGUGUCGCCUGUACAAUACAAUGUUUUCGUGUCUUGAGACGGCCGGCGAUGGGUGUGAGAGGAAACAGGACCUUGAGGCGGGCAAGCCAAAACUAGCCAAGAUCUGUGGAGAUCCUAAUACAGCAGAAUCAUUGACCAGCAGGACCAUGUUAAUCCACUUCGUAGCUGCAAUAGUCAUCAUCCUACACAUGUAGGACAAACACAAAUUGGACGGAAUUCACCUAUUUGAUUUGUUUCUUGUGACAUUAAUUCUUGUUCAAUACUUAAUUUCUUUACAUACGCAUGAAAAAAACCCAAAUCCUAACCACAACAGAUUUCAUAUGUAUAGUCGAGCACUGCUGUGUCGAUAUCGAGCUAAUCAAAUAUCGACUCAAACAUUAUGUCAAAUAUGUAAAAUAUAUAUGUUCUAACAAAAGAUACACGCAUAAUUCAUCAUCUGACAUACAUGAACUUUGGUUAUUUCUAUUUUAAACAAAUCUCUGUAUGGUGAGUUCUUUCUGCUAUCGAUACUUAAAGCUAUUAGCGUAACAAAAACAACAUCACACUAUAAUGAUUUCAAAACAAUCUUUUCUUGUACAGUUUCUUAUAGCCAGACACGCGUUAGACUACAUAUUUAUGAAGCGAUUGUAAAAUAUAAGCCAAGAACAGUUAAUGUAUGUUUUGUCAAAAUCGUUUUACAUAACAUUAAAAUGUUUCUGAGGGAAUUAUUGUGGAUUAGUACUGUGAAGUGACCAACAGUAAUGAUUAACGUUUAGGUAGGGGCUGGGGCUGAAUCUAACGCGGUCGGCAGACAACUCGCCUGGCGUUCUUGAGUCUGAUAGGGGGAGGUACCCCCUCAGUUGACCCAUUUUUUAAAUGUCAUUAUACAUUAUCUAGUUUUAUCACUACGACUGGUAUAUCAAAGGCUGUGGUAUGUGCUAUCCUGUCUGUGGGAUAGU